AUGGCGUCUUCGGCCAACACAGCCGCUCCAGAAGGUCCUCUGUGGGCGCCAUGGCAUGUUCUGCGCCAAUGGUCCCCUUUCAACAUCGACGCUCUUGGUCUCGUUACCUUGCUGGGAGCUGAAGAGAUCAAUGCGGCUGUUGGACGACUAGUUGCCAGCGCUUACCUAGAGUAUCUGCCCUUGCUCGGCGCAUAUGUCAUCGCUGGAGAUCGAUUUACCGAGAAAGCGGCGGGAUGGCACCUCUACAACAUCUCUCAGGGCAUCCACACUACCGACCUUGCUGCCUGGCUAACACGAUGGAUGCUCUCGCAGAACUUCGAAACCACCCGUAACUAUGUGGUUUGGACGAUUACGCCGCCGAGAUCGCGGAAGAGCGACAUAAUCGUUUCGGUUCUUAUCGGCUUUGUUUUGAAUGGCCUCCUUGUCGCAGGGACCAUUCUGUCGGCGGACUGGUAUGGGUUCGCCAACGCCCUCGCAAUGAUCGUCUCCAUCAUCGUUCGCGUCUAUGUUAUUGGCCAACAGCGCCUUGCCAUGGAUGCCAUGAUCGAUAAGGCUGUCGCAAGAUUCGGCCCCCCAACAGGUGAUUCCUACGAGGCCCGCCGUUACGAAUACAAAUCCUGGAAGCACCAACGAAUGGACCAAAUGAAAGAUGGUCUGAGACUUAGAAAACCAGACCCACCGACGCCAAUUGACGGGAAUCAGCCCGGUCAUGGUGACCCGUCUGGUCCUAAGAACGGCCACAAGCAAGCAGUCCACCAGGUCCAGGCUGUGAAAGCGCACAAAAACCCGGACCCGAAGGGCAAAUACCCAAGAGUCUGGAAGGGCAAGCCGAUCAAAGUCCUCAUCAUACAAUCUGACUCGAAAGCCGUUACCUUUGAGAUGCCGACCGAGCUGGUCAUACCGCCGUCACUGUUCAUCGAAGGACCGAUCGUCCGGAACCCAAGGACCUACUCCGUCAUGAGAUCGCUUGGGUGGCUUGCCUUUGCUGUGCACAUUAUCGCUAUCGGCAUGGCGGACUUGGCCACCCAAAUAUACACUGUUUUACUUAUUGUUCUGCCGACGUUGUUGCUGAUCAAGAAGACUGGAUGUGACGACUCGGAUUGGAUGAAAACCUUCACCAGCUGGAAGAGAGCCAUACUGCAUAGCCAUGGUAAAGCCAGCAGGUCCGCCGGAAGCCAAAGCGCUGCAGAAAAGGCGGACGCGAAGAAGUUCCGCAAGAUUCGCGAAUGCUGGAUCGGCUCCCGCCUCAAAGCAGAGGUGUACGAGUGGCCCGAGGCGUAUGAAUUCCACGAGGAGGGAGUCGGGAACAUCAAGAAAUGGGUCAGUGGUGGACUGCCAGCAGGAGAGGACCGGUCCAAGAAGCGACAAGAUCUCUACGCCUGGCUGGCGCUUACGCGGGACGAGGAAGAGAGCAUGGACAAGUGGGACCUCUUCCCCCAUAUCCGCAGUGGCAACAAUUCAUGGUGGGAGACGUACAAGAAGAAGAAACACGCACUGAGAGAGGGUCGUGACGCCAUGGGCCCGCAGUACGUCGCAUCCCAGGGGACAGACCCUCGAAGUUCCCAGGACGACUACAUGAAGCCCUUCAACAAACAGAAGAGGCUCGCAACGGAGGAGUUUCUAGGCACGGCACACGAACAGGCGAGCGCGCCUCAGCCUCAACUUCCAGCCCAAGCUCCCCCUCCGCAUCCACUACCUCCCCAGCCACAACACACUGGCCCAGUCACAGCAACCAGUUCCGCGUUUCCCGCCAGCAGCGACGCGGCUGCUGCACAACUUGUCACUGACAACAGUGCCACAGUAUCUUCACCCAAGGCAUCACCUCCUCGGGUCAACACGCAGCCCAGCACGACAGGCUCUGCGCUGAUUGACCCUUCGGUAACCAUGACGCAGUCGCCCACCACCAUGGAGGCCACGGACGAACAACCCUGA